AUCAGAAAAUAGCACUUCAGCAUGAUUGCUACGAAAGAUUACCUCGCUGUGGUACUUCACAUUACUGUUCACAAGACAUUUCAACAUCAUUUCAUGAAAGAGAAUUUGUUAAAAUAUUUUCCAAGCAUUCCGCUACCGAUUUCCAAAUAUGCCCCCCUUCAGUAAAAACAGCUGGAAAAAAGGAAGUAAAGGAAGAGGAUACACAACGAGACGUCAAAAAAACGGGAAAGAAAAAGAGAAAAGGUAAAAUAUGGAGGCUAGCCGAAAUCCGUGACCUUUUAGUUAUAUGGGGACAACAUAAAUAUCAAGACACCCUGCAAGUGAUGCACAGGAAUAUUGAAGUAUUUCAAGAUAUUGCUACUGAAAUGAAGGCAAAGGGGCACAACAGGAACGCGGAGGAAUGCAGGGCAAAGUCCAAAAUGAUGCGACUAAAAUUUAAGGAGGUCCUCACCCAUAACAAGAAAUCUGGAAACGCUCCAAAAACUUGCCUGUUCUACAAAGAAUUAGAAGCUAUUUUGCUGAGAGACGCCAGUCCAGAACCAGCGAGAUUAUCUCAAAGUUUGCCAAUACGUUGGGUGCAAGGAAACAAAGAAGGAGAAGCAUCAGCCGUUCUGGAAGUUGAAGAAACAUGCUCUCAGGAAUCCUUCGGACUGUCCCCAUCACUACUUGAUGCCCAGAUUGCCACAGAAGAGGCAGCGGCCGAAGGGGAAUUUGACGUGAAUAUAGUUCUGGUUUCUCCACAAUCCAUGCCUGUGCGUCCUUCUUUUGGAGGAGAUGAAAAGACUGAUGCCAGCCUUCAGGCUUAUCCAGUUGGAGAACCAGAAGCAGGCAUCAGUCAGAAAACAGCACUUCAGCAUGAUAGCUACGAAAGAUUAUCUUACUGUGGAACUUCACAAUACUAUUCACAAGACAUGUCAACAUCAUUACAUGAAAGAGGAUUGAUUAAUUUGAUUCCCCAGCAUUCUGCUAGCAAUUUCCUAGAAUCCUCUCCUUCAGCUGGACAAAAGGAAGGAAAGGAUAAGGAUAGACAACGAGAAGCCCAAAAAAAGGAAAAGAGAAAGGGUAUUUUGUGGAAACUAGUCGAAAUCCGUGCCCUUUUAGAUAUAUGGGGGCAGCAGAAAUUCCAAGAUGCCCUGCAGGGGGUCCACCGGAAUAUUGAGGUGUUUGAGGAGAUUGCGGCUGAAAUGAGGGCAAGAGGGCACGACAGGAACGCGGAGGAAUGCCGGACAAAGGCCAAAAUGAUGCGACUAAAAUUUAAGGAGGUCUUCGACCAUAACCAGAAAUCUGGAAAUACUCCAAAAACUUGCUCGUUCUACAAAGAAUUAGAAGCUAUUUUACGGAGAGAUGCCAGCACAGAACCAGCGAGAGUAUCUCAAAAUUUGCCAAUACAUUGGGUGCAAGGAAACAAGGAAGGAGAAGCAUCAGCAAUUCCACAAGUUGAGAAAACAUGCUUUCAGGAAUCUAUCGGCAUGUCCCCAUCACUACUCGAUGCCCAGAUUGCCACAGAAGUGUCAGCAGUAGAAGUGGAAUUUGGCGUGAAUAUCGUCAUGGUUUCUCCAGCUCUUACUGAAUCUCCACAGUUCACACCCGUGCAAAUGCCUUUUGGACGCCAGAAAAAGACUGUUGUCAGCCUUCCAGCACAUUCAGUUGGAGAACCAGAAGCAGGCAUCAAUCAGAAAACAGCACUUCAACAGGAUUGCCAUGACAGAUUACUUCAGUCUAGUACUUCACAUUACUAUUCACAAGACAUUUCAACAUCAUUUUGCAAAAGAGGAUUCGUUAAUAGGAUUCCCCAGCAUUCCACUGGCAACUUCCUAGAGUGCCUCCCUGAAGGAAAGGAUGAAGAUACACAACAAGAAGUCCAGAAAGGGGGAAAGGGAAAAGAUAUUAUGUGGAAACUGGAUGAAAUCCGUGACCUUUUAGAUAUAUGGGGACAAGAGAAAUUUCAAGGCGCCCUGCAGCAUAUGAAUAGUGAGAUAUUUGAGGAAAUUGCUACUGAAAUGAGGACAAGAGGGCAUGACAGAAACGCGGAGGAAUGCAGGACAAGGGCCAAAAUGAUGCAAUUAACAUUUACGGAGGUCCUCGCUCAUAACAACAUAUCUGGAAAUGCUCCAAGAAUCUGCCCGUUCUACAAAGAAUUGGAAGUUAUUUUGCAGAGAGAUGCCAGCACAGAACCAGCGAGAUUAUCUCAAAGUUUGCCAAUACGCUGGGUGCAAGGAAACAAAGAAGGAGAAGCAGCAGCCAUUCUGGAAGCUGAAGAAACUUGCUCUCGGGAAUCCAUCGGACUGUCCCCAUCACUAUUUGAUGCCCAGAUUGCCACUGAAGAGGCAUCGGCUGAAGAAGAAUUCGACAUGAAUAUAGUUCUGGUGUCUCCAGCCCUUUCAGAAUCGCCACAACCCACACCCGUGCAAACGCUUUUUGGAGGAGACGAAGAGACUGAUGUUGGAGAACCAGAAGCAGGUUUCAAUCAAAAAACAGCACUUCAUCAGGAUUGCUACGAAAGAUUACCUCACUCUAGUAGAUCACAUGAUUGUUCACAAGACAUUUCAACAUCACUUCGCGAAAGAGUAGUUAAGCUAUUUUCCCAGAAUUCUGCUAGCAAUUUCCUAAAAUGCUCCCCUUCAGUGAGAACAGUCGGAGAAAACGAAGGAAAGGAUGAGGAUAGAGACCCCGAAGACAAAAAAAGGGGAAAGCUAAGAGGCAAACUAUGGAGACUGGCCGAAACCCGUGCCCUUUUAGAGAUAUGGGGACAGCAGAGCGUUCAAGAAGCCCUGAAGGUGAUGCACAGGAAUAUCGAGGUAUUUGAGGAAAUUGCUGCUGAAAUGAGUGCAAGAGGGCACGACAGGAACCCGGAGGAAUGCAGGGCAAAGGUCAAAAUGAUGCGACUAAAAUUUAAGGAGGUCCUUGCCCAUAACAAGAAAUCUGGAAAUGCUCCAAGAACUUGCCUGUUCUACAAAGAACUAGAAGCUAUUUUGCUGAGAGGUGCCAGCCCAGAACCAACAGGAUUAUCUCAAAGUUUGCCAAUACGUUGGGUGCCAGGAAACAAAGAAGGAGGAGCAUCAGCCAUUCUGCAAGUUGAAAAAACAUUCUCUCAGGAAUCCAUCGGACUUUCCCCAUCACUACUUGAUAGCCAGAUUGCCACAGAAGAGGCAACGACAAAAGAGGAAUUUAAUGUGAAUAGAGUCCUGGUGUCUUCAUCCCUUACUGAGCCUCCACAAUCCUCACCCAUGCGACCUUCUUUUGGAGGACAUGAAAAGACUCCUGUCAACCUCCCAGCACAUUCAGUUGGAGGACCAGAAGCAGGUAUCAAUCCGAAAACAGCAUUUAAACAUGAUAGCUACGAAAUAUUGCCUCACUCUGGUACAUCACAUUACUGUUCACAAGACAUUUCAACAGCAUUUCAUAAAAGUAAAGGUAAAAUAUUUUCCAAGCGUUCCACUAGCAAUUUCCUAGAAAGUUCCCCUUCAGUGAGAACAGCCCCAGAAAAGAAAGGAAAGGAUGAGGAUAGGCAACAAGAAAUCCAAAAAAAGGGAAAGAGGAGAGGUAGAAUGUGGAGACUAGCCGAAACCCGUGACCUGUUAGAUAUAUGGGGGCAUCAGAAAUUUCAAGAUGCCCUUCAGGUGAUGCAUAAAAAUAUUGAGGUAUUUGAGGAGAUUGCGACUGAAAUGAAGGCAAGAGGGCACAACAGGAACGCGGAGGGAUGCCGAGCAAAGGCCAAAAUGAUGCGACUGAAAUUUAAGGAGGUCUUCGACCAUAACCAGAAAUCUGGAAAUACUCCCAAAACUUGCUCAUUCUACAAAGAAUUAGAAGCUAUUUUAUGUAAAGAUGCCAGCACAGAACCAGCAAGAUCAUCUCAAAGUUUGCCAAUACGUUGGGUGCAAGGAAACGAAGAAGGAGAAGCGUCAGCAGGUCCAGAAGUGGAAGAAACAAGCUCUCAGGAAUCCAUCGGCCUGUCCCCAUCACUACUUGAUGUCCAGAUUGACGCAGAAGAGGCAACGACAAAAGAUAGAGUCCUGCUGUCUCCAGCCCUUACUGAAUCUCCACAAUCCACACCCGUGCCUUUUGGAGGACAUGAAAAGAGUGAUGUCAGCCUUCCAGCACAUUCACUUGGAGAACCAGAAGCAGGUAACAAUCAGAAAACAGCACUUCGACAGGAUUGCUCCGAAAGAUUACCUCCCUCUGGUACAUCACAUAAUUGUUCACAAGACAUUUCAACAUCAUUUUGUAAAAGAGGAGUAGUUAAAAUAUUUCCCCCGCAUUUCACUAGCCGUAUCCUAGAAAGCCCCCCUUCAGUGAGAACCGCUGGAGAAAAGGAAGGAAACGAUGAGGAUAGGCAAGGAGAAGUCCAAAAAAGGGGGAAAGGAAACGGCAUUAGGUGGAGCCUAGAGGAGACCCUUGACCUUUUAGAUAUAUGGGGACGGCAGAAAUUUCAAGAUGACUUGCAGACGAUACACAUGAAUCUUGAGAUAUAUGAGGAAAUUGCGGCUGAAAUGAGGGCAAGAGGGCACGACAGGAACGCGGAGGAAUGCAGGGCAAAGGCCAAAAUGAUGCGACUGAAAUUCAAGGAGGUCCUCGCCCAUAAUGAGGUAUCUGGAAACGCUCCAAGAACUUGCUCGUUCUACGAAGAAUUAGAAGUUAUUUUACAGAGAGAUGCCAGCACAGAACCGGCGAAAUUAACUCAAGGUUCAUCAAUACCGUGGGUGCAAGGAAACAAAGAAGGAGAAGCAUCAGCAGUUGCAGAACUUGUAGAAACAUGCUCUCAGGGAUCCAUUGGACUCUCCCCAUCAGUGCUUUGUACCCAGAUUGCCACGGAAGAGCCAAUGGUAAAAGAAGAAUUUGACAUGAAUAGAAUCCUGGUUUCUCCAGCUUUUACUGAAUCUCCACAAUCCACACCUGUGCAAAUUCCUUUUGGAGAUCAUGAAACGACUGAUGACAGCGUUCCAGCACAUUCAGUUCAAGAACCAGAAGCUGAGGCAACGGCAAAAGAGGAAUUUGAUGUGACCAGCGUCCUGGUGUCUCCAUCGCUUAUCGAAUUUCCACAAUCCCCACCUGUGCAAAUGCCUUUUGGAGGACAUAAAAAGACUCAGGUCAACCUUCCAGCACAUUCAGUUGGAGAACCAGAAGCAGGUAUCAGUCAGAAAACAGGACUUCAACAGGAUUGCUAUGAAAAAUUACCAUGCUGUGGAACUUCACAUUACUGUUCACAAGACAGGUCAACAUCAUUUCUUAUAAAGGAAUUAAUUAAACUACUUUCCCAGCAUUCCGCUAACGAUUUUCUAGAAUACCUCCCUUCACUGAGAACAAUUGGGCAAGUGGAUGAAGAUGGACCACGAGAAGUCCAAAGAAGGGGAAAGGGAAGAGGAAAAGGUAUUAGGUGGAAACUAGAUGAAACCCGGGACCUUUUAGAUAUAUGGGGACAGCAGAAAUUUCAAGAUGCCCUGCAUGGGGUGCACAGGAAUAUCGAGGUAUUUCAGGAAAUUGCUACUGAAAUGAGGGCAAGAGGGCAUAACAGGAAUGCGGAAGAAUGCAGAGCAAAGGCCAAAAAGAUGCGGCUAACGUUUACGGAGGUCCUCGCCCACAACAAAGUAUCUGGAAAUGCUCCAAUAACUUGCCCGUUCUACAAGGAAUUAGAAGUUAUUUUACGUAGAGAUGCCAGCACAGAAUCAACAAGAUUGUCUCAAAGUUCGGUGCAAACAGGCAAACAAGGAAAAGCAUCAGCAGUUCCAGAAGAUGAAGAAACAUGCUCCCAGGAAUCCAUUGGACUGUCCCCAUCACUACAUGAUGCCCAGAUCGCCACAGAAGAGCCAGGAGCAAAAGAGGAAUUUGACGCAAAUAGAGUCCUGGUAUCUCCAGGCCUUACUGAAUCUGGGCAAUCCACACCCCUGCAAACGCCUUUUGGAGAACAUGAAAAGACUGGUGUCAGCCUUCUGGCACAUUCAGUUGAAGAACCAGAAGCAGAUAGUGGUAUCCAUCAGAAAACAGCACUUCAACGGGAUUGCUACGAAAAAUUACCUUGCUGUGGCACUUCCCAUUACUGUCCACAAGGCAUUUCCACAUCCUUCCUUAAAACAGAACUAACGAAACUCCUUUCCCAGCACUCUGCUACCAAUUUCCUAGAAUACCUCUCUUCACUGAGAACUACUGGGCAAAACGAAGGAACAGUUGAGGAAGUUAAAAGAAAGGGAAAGGGGAAAGGUAUUACGUGGAAAAUACACGAAACCCAUGACCUUUUAGAGAUAUGGGGUCAGCAGAAAUUUCAAGACGCCCUGCAAGUGAUGCACAGGAAUAUUGAGGUGUUUGAGGAAAUUGCUGCGGAAAUGAGGGCGAAAGGACACGACAGGAAUGCGGAGGAGUGCAGGACAAAGGCCAAAAAGAUGAGGCUGACCUUUAAGGAGGUCCUCGCACAUAACAGCGUCCCUGGAAAUGCUCCAAGGACUUGCCCGUUCUACAAAGAAUUGGAAGUUAUUUUACAAGGAGAUGCCAGCACAGAACCAGCAAGGGUAUCCCAAAGUUUGCCGGUACAUUGGGAGCAAGGAAACAAGGAAGGAGGAGCAUCAGCCGUUCCGGAAGUUGAAGAAACAUGCUCUCAGGAAUCCAUCACACUCUCCCCAUCACUACUUGAUGCUCAGAUUGCCACAGAAGGUAUAUGUGAUAGCAUUUAA